GCGAGGUAAAGCCAGUUGGAGCUACAGUUAUCAAGCUUUUGAUCAAGUGCUUUUGAUUGUAAACGCUUUUAAGUAAUCUAACGGUGUUAGCAGCGGAGUUUUGUACAAUUUGUAGAGAAGUUUGGUAAAUAAAUAUUUAGUUGUGAAACCGAACAUCAGUGAUUUCGGACCUGAACAGGCGGAGAGCGUCGGCGAAUUAUUUCAGAUGAUGGAAGAUUUUUCUGGAUUGGCUCUUCCUCCUCUUUUUGGUGGACACAUCUUGGAGGCAGAGCUGGAGCCUGGUGGAGUGGAGCUCGGACCAGGAGAGGUUGAGUUGGACCCAGGAGGUAAUGAACUGCUUGAGAGCACAACACAAGAAGAAGAAGAGAGAAGAGCUCUAGACAAAAGAAAAUAUUUGGCUCUGAGCAGGAGAUGUAAGGAAAUCGAACAGGUAAAUCAGAAAAUCCUGGGUCGCCUUCACCAAGUACAAAGAAUUACACGAUGCUUAAAAAAAGAGAGACGGUUUCUCAUGAAAACGUUAGAUGCCCACGGAGAUGAUUAUAGAAACGCUCAGCUCACUAUACUGCUGGAG